UAAAUGGACAUUUCUGACCCCAUCAUGGAUGGGAUUACUAUCUCUUGUUGUCCACAUAACAUCCUAUCUCUUUCUCAUUCUAUUCUCUCACACAAACAGAGGAAAAAAAGCCAUUAAUGGAGAAGAUAUGGCAAAACUCAAGCCUCCUGCAUUCAACAUCUAAACACCACCAUCACCAACCACCACCAGCAACCACCAACACUUCCCCUGCAGUUAUCAAACUGUCGCGUAGACACCUCGCAAUCUGCACCAACUCCUCCCUCCUACUCCUCACUUCCCAAUUUCAACCCACAGCAAGAGCACAAGAACAAACCCUAUUCCCACCCGAAAAUCCCCAAACCCUAGACGACAAUCCAGUUGACACGACUAACACCGCCACAACUCCCGCCGAUGACAAUCCACUCGACACUACCACCACCACUACUCCAAUCGAAGCCAAUUCAGUCGAGACUACAACCACCGCCAGCCCCGUCGAAGAAAACCCAGUUGAGACUAGCGCCACCGCCACUCCCGUUGAAGAAAACCCUGUUGAGACUAGCGCCACCACCAAUGUAACCGAAGAGAAUCAAUCGGAAACUAGCAUCACCGCCGACGAGACUAGUAGCGUCACCACCAAAGACGUUCCAGACACCAAUGACUCCACCACCGCCGCUACCACCGUAGACAGCUGCACCGACAAACUUCCAACCAAGCGCGCUUUCCUAGACAUAUCAAUCGACGGCAAACCCGUCGGACGAGUCGUCAUUGGGCUGUACGGAAACUCCGUCCCCACCGGAACUACUAGGUUCAGCGAUUUCGUCAGUGGAGCAGCAGGUGUGAGUUACAGAAGAAAAGAGUUCAUAAAAAUCACACCAAGCUACAUCCAACACGGCGGCGUUAGAUCCUACGGCGUCGACGCUGAACUCGCAGCAAAAACCGGGAGAAGUUUCGCAGUCAACAAUCUCGUUUCCGAAUUAGAAAAAGAAAACGGAAAAUGUCCGGGAACUAAAAACGUCGCCGGAACAGUUGGGAUUAUCGUACGGGACCCACUGAAGCCGCCUCCGAAGCAAAAAUUGGUUGCUCGAAAUGGUAAACUGGUGAUCGAUGAAGAAGAAAUCGGGAAAGAACCAAAUGGGACGGAGUUUUUGAUAUCAACAAAAGAUUCGCCGGAGUUGGACGCAUCAACGUUGGUUGUCGGGAAGGUUCUAGAAGGUAUGGAAGUUGUUGAGAAGAUGAGUCAGGUUAAAACUGUUCAGGAAAACACUAGUUCUCCCUAUUUCAGGGUGGCGAAGUUGAUCGGAGAUAAAAGAGCGGUGGUGGCAGAGAGAGGGUUUAACAGACCCUAUUCAAAAGUAAUUGUUACUAAUUGCGGGUUAAUGGCGUAA